CAGGAAGUUCAUCAGCAUCCCCACCUCCUGCAUCCACACAAUGCUCACAUGAGGUCCUUGGAGCAACGAAGAUCAUCUUUUAGAGGUUUCUCACCCCGGCACCACCUGAGAGCCACCAUUGAUGAAAUUGCAGAAGCAGGAUUUUAUUUUCUCGGUCCAGGUGACUUAGUAAAAUGUUGGUAUUGUGGAAAUAAAUUAAAAAACUUUGAUGUGGAAGAUGAACCUUGGAUGGAACAUGCAAAGUGGUUUCCACAAUGUGAGUUUCUCCUACAAAAUAAAGGCCAUGCGUUUGUUGCCAACAUACAAACAAGUUACCCACGUAAUGUACACGUGGUUAACUUACCUUCUGUGGAAAGCGGUCCAACAUUUUUACCAUCACCUAUACAGAACCAUGAAACAUUGGCUACUCAACAGCGCCAACUACUGGAAGAAGGAAUGACGCAAGAUUACGUCCAACAAGCCGUGGAAAUAUUUGGUUUGGUGGCGGUAGAGAGAGUCAUGAAAAGAUUGAUUGAAUCAAGUGGAUGUUAUUACCAAACAAGUGAAGGAUUAAUUAACGCUGUACUUGAAAGCAGUGAAACAACAACAACAACAACAACAACAACUAAUACGCAAGAUACAUCCACUCCAACACAGAGUGGGCAUUAUUUCUUUCCUGUGGAUAGCGACGUUAGGAUUCCUGUCCAGCGCACCAACUUCAUUCAACCAUCUAUACCAAUGCAUGGCACUGAUAACAGUGACAACAUUUCUAGCGGACAAAGUAACUCCAACUCACAGUUAUGUUGCAAAGUUUGCUUAAACAGAGAUGCAACUAUUGCUUUUAACCCAUGUGGACACCUAUGUGUGUGCCAAAGCUGUUCCCCACGUUUGAAUGCAUGUCCCAUAUGCAGAAGAUCAAUCCAGCAAAAGAUUCGAAUUUAUUUUCCAUGAAAAUAUUUCUAAAACUUUUUAUUUUGAGUAACAUUAGCUUAACAGCUACACUUUUUAACUGAUAUUUUUCUCUGCUUUUUAUCCAUAGCAUGUUUAAACAACUGUCGUUUAUGCUGUUGAUUCCCUACUAUAUAUACUUAAUGAAAUAUACUUUUAAUUUUUUUGCUAUUUUGUUUUAUAAGUAACUUUUAAAAAGUGAUUUCCGUUUCUUUAUACUGCACUUAUUAUGUUGAACCACUGCAUAAUUAUAAUAGGACUUUGAUUUACAAAUUAUUUUAAUUCAUUGCAAUAAUUACAUAGCUGAUUUGUGUAUGACAUUUUAAUGCUUUAUCUCUUCAAGGUGUUUAAUUAAUAUACAAUUAUACAUAGUGUAAUUCUACAACUUUUGGUUGUUUUAGCUAUUCAGUAUGAAAAAACUUUGUUCAUGUUUUUCCUUUCAUGAUUCUUUAAAUAUGUUUUUUUACAUUUUAAGAGUGUACAAAUUCAAAUACAUUGUCAGAACAG